UGGACAGUGUGUCUUUGGACAGACGGUGAGAAAGGACGCUUUUGACGGUGAGAGUGGAGAGAUCAUCCACUUUGACGUGCACAAGGGCCCACUCUAUCGCCAGCAGCCGUGGCCAAUCAGGAACAAGGCUUGGACUGAUGUCAUGACAAUACUGGUCACACAGGUUUUCCAGCCUUUUUGCAUCAGCACAUUGGAAAGAUGGUUGCAGUUAAGUAAAGAGAUAGUCUUGAGAAGAGUGAAGCCCAGAGUCAGGCUCCUCCAGAAGACACUCCCAGACUCUGGAGGGGCCAAAGUGACCUGCCUGGCCACUGGUUUCUACCCCCGUCACAUCAACCUGACCCUGCUCAGAGACGGCCAGCCUGUGUCUGACCACCAGAUCACUGGGGGGGAGCUGCUACCUAAUCUAGAUGGAACCUACCAGAUGAGGAAGAGCCUGGAGGUCAGCACAGAGGAACUACAGAAACACCUUUACUCCUGCACAGCUGAAAACCUCAGUCUGGACAACAAAUUGGACAUCAGUUUAGGUAUUAUGGAUUCAAAUAUUGAAUGUUGA